AUGGAGUUCCGGGUGCCUGACUCAGACACACUUGGGUACUCUGGGAUUGCUUCUCGGAACACGAAAUGCCACAUCCUACACUCUCAAACUCCUGCCAUCUUCACCAACGAAACGAAGCACAUCUGUCAGGUCAUCAGUCGCGCAUCAUCAACUACUGGUGAUAUUAUUUGCCUCGUUGCACCCAUUCGCAAGUUCUACGGGAACACAGAAUCUCACAGCGUCCAUGCGACUCUGCACAGCAUUCUCGCCGACAUGGACAGAGCGAAUCCCAUGUGGCCAGGAUAUUCUCCAGGCCCUAAAGAGCGCACCCCAUCGCCCCGAAGCAGACCGCCAUCCCUAAAUUAUGCUGGACUGAUGGAACGUCCCAGGAGAGAGAGCGGUUAUAUACCAUACCAGAAUGCUUUGUAUUAUAGAGAUAGAGACGACAGCGACAGAUGGCGUGCCUCGCAUACACGAUCAUCUCGCAGUGUAGGAAAGGAGCGCGGCAUGAGCAGCAGCCGCAGCCGCAGCCGCAGCGAUGAUGGGAGAUCACACCAUGACCGGGCACGCAGACAUGGACAUAGUCGCACCCACAGCCGGAGUCGAAGUCGUUCUCAUGGUCCGAGUCGGAGCCGAAGUCGUCCACGCUAUUCACCUCAGGACGACCCAGAUCGGCCGAAAGACAAGUACACUCUCAAGAAGGCAGCGAAAUGUGCCGCACUCGGUGCUGCGCUGGAGGCUUUCCGAGCUCGUAACGAACCUGGACCGUGGAUGGGCCGUAAGGGAAAGCGUAUGGCACUUGCUGCAGCCAGUGGUGUAGCCGUAGGAUCUGUGAGGCAAGGAAGCAUGAGCGCCGCAGGAUGGUUGCCAUACGCCGAAGCUUUGUGUACUGGAUUCUUCGCAGUAGAGUGGUAUAAAAAGAUCGGGCGAGAUACGCAUCAUGAAGAAAACGCGCUAAAGGAGCAGGAGCACUUGCGAGUAAAUGACCUCAAAGAUCUCAUCCAAGUCCAGUCCUGUGAUAGACUCAUCCCUGGUUCCAGCCCUUCAAUUGAAGGACGGCUUGAGAGCCCAGUCGAGCUGCGCUCGGGGAGAAAAGCUCGCCUUUAUACAGCCUCACUUCCUGGAGUUGCUUCUGCUCUUCACCAACGAAGAUUUAGCCCACCUGGUAUGCGAGUUCUAGGUCUGGGCAAUUCAAGCAUGCUCGCGUGGCAUUCUCUCAAGCUGCACAAGCUGAGCGUCGAGCGAGGAAAGGGCGGACAGCAAUGCGCUAAAUCUCCAAAAUCGGUUCAUUGGGCACAUAGGCAACUGCGCAAUUGA